AUGGCCUUAGCUGUAAUCAACACCCAUGGGAGAUCCCAAGGCUACGGAACACCAGCCGAUCCAGGGGUCCUCCGGACCCUUUGUGAAUUGGAGUGGCCAACAUUCCAAGUUAAUUGGCCAUCCGAGGGGUCUUUGGACUUGAGUCUUUUGUUUGCUGUGAGGUCUGUUGUGUACGGGGUUCCCCACCUCAAUCAAAGGGUAUACAUUGAUGUUUGGGUAGACAUCGUGUCUGACAAGGCUAGUUAUAUCAAAAAAUGCCAGCAACUAAAGGCAGGGGAGAUGUAUGCCAGAGUAGGUAGGAAGACUAUUUUGGUUGCAGCUCCUAAGCCGCAAGGGAAGUCUAUACCUCAUACGAGUAGAGAAGAAAAAAAAAGAGCUCUGAGCCAGGAGAAACCUAAGCCUAGGCUAUACCCUGUUCUUCCAGGUGACAAUGAUGACAUUGCGGAUGAGCUAUUCAAUCCCCCGCCUUAUCCAAGAGGCUCACCCCAAGAUCCAGAGCCACGGGUCCCAGAACCAGGACCUGAUGUUAGAGUCCAAAGGCCUCCUCACACUAGGGGCGGAACCCCCUACCAGCCCCCUGUGGGCCCGGAUUCCUCUGUGCCUCUUUUGCCCUUAAGGGAAGUUCUGCCACAACCAGGGGCACCCCAGGGGCCACCCCGGAUGGUUUAUGUCCCUUUCUCAACAUCUGAUUUAUAUAAUUGGAAAAAUCAGAAUCCUCCUUUCUCAGAGGAUCCACAGAAAUUAAUAUCUCUUCUUGAAACCAUUUUUCGUACACAUCAGCCCACUUGGGAUGAUUGCCAACAAAUUUUGCAAACUUUGUUUUCUUCAGAGGAAAGAGAGAGAAUACACAGGGAGGCGGCAAAAAUUAUCUUAGGGGAUGUAGAAGGGGACUCACAUACCAGAAGGAAUGAACUAGAGGAGCAACUGCCCACGAGCCCCCCCAGAUGGAAUCCGAAUAUGGAUGCAGGCAUGACGGCUUUGCGCCAUUAUCACCAGUCUCUGCUUAGGGGUCUAAGGGCUGCAGCCAAGAAGCCCACUAAUUUGGCCAAGGUGAAUGCUACCAUACAGGGAAAAGAUGAAUCUCCUGCCGCCUUCUUAGAGCGAUUGCUGGAGGCAUAUCGAAUAUAUACUCCCUUAGAACCAAAUAAUGAGAAUAACAGACGAAUGGUUAAUAUGGCCUUCGUCUCUCAGUCAGCCCCAGACAUAAGAAAGAAAUUACAGAAAUUAGAGGGCUUUGAAGGAAAGGCUAUAAUUGAACUAAUAGAAAUAGCCCAGAAAGUAUACCAGAAUCGGGAGGAUCCCAUCAGGGAACAAACUAAGCAGUUGUCCCGAAUCUUAUUAGCCACGCCUGAAAAGCAACAAAAUAAGGUAAAGAAAAGAGCUAAGAAACUGCCUCUACACCGAGACCAAUGUGCUUAUUGCAAGGAGCGCGGCCACUGGAAAUCUGAGUGCAAAAGGCGAAUAAGCCCCCAGGAACCCAUGCUAACAUUAACAGUCGAGGGGAAACCUGUUGAAUUCCUAGUAGACACGGGGGCCACAUUCUCUGUUUUAAAAAAGAGUGAUGGGGAACUCACCUCACAAAAGACUUCUAUCAUAGGGGCAACGGGAAAGCCUGAGUCCUAUCCUUGGACACGAGCCCGCAUUACCGACUUGGGAAAGGGCACUAUCAAGCACUCCUUCCUAGUCAUGCCGGAUUGCCCUUACCCCUUGCUAGGGCGAGACCUGCUCCAGAAAUUGCAAGCUACUAUCUCCUUUGGGGACGAAGGGACAAUAUUACGGUUGGGAAAACAACCCUCCCAAUCUAUAAUGGUAACCGUCCCUAUAUCGGAGGAAUACUUACUCUAUGCCUCUCAGGAAAAACCUGAAUCCCCCUCUAUUCAGAUGCAAGAGCUAUUGACACAGAUUCCUGGGGUAUGGGCAGAGCAAAACCCACCAGGGUUGGCCUCGCAUCAACCCCCGAUCAUUGUCCAGUUGUUGAGCUCUGCCUCCCCGGUACGGGUCAAGCAAUAUCCGAUACCCCAGAAGGCCAAAAUUGGCAUCGCCAAGCACAUAAAAAGACUAAGGGAGACGGGGAUUCUCAGGCCUUGCCAAUCAUCCUGGAACACUCCUCUCCUGCCUGUAAGGAAGCCUGGUACUGAGGACUAUCGCCCGGUGCAGGACCUUAGAGAGGUAAACUCCAGAAUUGAGACUGUACACCCAACUGUGCCUAACCCUUACACUCUCCUAAGUCUCUUGCCUCCAGAUAGAACGUACUACUCUGUUUUAGACCUGAAGGAUGCCUUCUUCACCCUCCCGCUGGCUCCCCAGAGCCAACUGAUUUUCGCCUUUGAAUGGACGGAUCCUGAAGGAGGAUUCUCUGGACAACUCACCUGGACGUGCUUGCCUCAAGGAUUUAAGAACUCGCCAACCCUUUUUGAUGAGGCAUUAAGCCAAGACUUACUGGGAUUCAGGGAAUCCCAGCCUCAGGUAACCCUAUUGCAAUAUGUUGAUGAUCUCCUCCUGGCAGCUGCAACCGCAGAGGAAUGCCUAGAGACCACCAAGGCCCUUCUGAGGGAACUGGAGAGGAUGGGAUACCGGGUUUCAGCCAAGAAGGCCCAGAUAUGCAUACGGAGGGCCACAUACCUGGGAUAUCAACUACAAGGAGGUAAGAGGUCCCUAUCUGCCAGUAGAAUAGAAGCCAUUCAGAAUAUACCCACUCCAACUACCAAGAAACAAGUCCGAGAAUUCCUCGGCGCUGUGGGUUAUUGCAGACUAUGGAUUCUAGGGUUUGCAGAAAUAGCUAAGCCUCUCUAUACCAGCACAGGGGGAAAAAGCACAGACUUAAUUUGGACAGACCAAGAGGAGAAGGCUUUUCGGGCCCUCAAGCAGGCCCUGAUUUUGGCUCCAGCUUUAGCACUGCCAGACAUCACCAAACCCUUCCAGCUCUUUGUUGCAGAGAAGGGGGGCAUCGCGAAGGGGGUCCUCACACAGACCUUAGGCCCUUGGAAGAGGCUGACGGCUUAUCUCUCUAAGAGACUGGACCCGGUGGCAGCGGGAUGGCCCUCCUGUAUGAGGGCAAUAGCUGCCACCGCCCUGCUUGUCAAGGAGGCCCAGAAAUUAACCCUGGGCCAGGACCUCCAAAUAAUCGGAGGCCACACCACUGAGGCACUCCUGAGGACGCCCCCUGACAGAUGGAUCUCAAAUGCCUGCCUCACUCAGUAUCAGGUACUAUUGCUAAACCCGCCCCAUGUGACUUUCUCGAAGUCCACGGCCCUGAACUCGGCCACCCUAUUGCCUGAUGCUAAUCAGGAUGGACUCCUCCAUGACUGCAUAGAAUUAUUAGAUACCCUGUCUGCUGGUCGGCCGGACUUGAAGGACACUCCCUUAACUAACUCCGACUAUGAACUUUACACAGAUGGGAGCAGCUAUUUGAAGAAUGGGCAACAAUACGCCGGAGUGGCUGUAACUACAGAACAUCAGGUAAUAUGGGCUCAGGCACUACCCCAGGGCACUUCAGCCCAGAAGGCUGGACUAAUAGCCCUAACACAAGCUUUGCACUGGGCUAAAGGAAAGAGGGUAAAUAUCUACACGGACAGUAGAUAUGCCUUCGCAACUGCCUUGGUGCAUGGGGCCCUAUACCAAGAAAGGGGCCUGUUGACUUCGGCCGGUAAAGAGAUUAAGAAUAAGCAAGAAAUUUUGGCCCUUUUGUCAGCUAUAUGGCUGCCCAAGGAAAUAGCUAUUAUUCACUGUAGAGGACACAAGAAAGGGCCGGAUUCAACCCACAAGGGUAAUAAUUUAGCUGAUGAGACGGCGAGAAGGGUUGCCACGGAAGAAGUGCAACCCUUCAAGAUCUUGCCCUUGUUGCCUUGCAGAACUUUGCCUACUUCCCCCAAUUACAACAAGGAGGAACAAGAAUUAGGGGCAAAGCUACACUGUGUUAAAGGGGAAGGAGACUGGAAAAAGCUCCCCAAUGGGCACCUAUUACUCCCCAAGGCAUUAGGAAUAACCCUGGUCCAGGACCUCCACCGGAGCACUCACCUAGGAAUUUCUAAACUGAUUUCUCUAAUUAACAAACAUUUUUAUGUUCCAGACUUGAGAACUAUAGUUACCUCGGAAGUUACCCACUGCUUGCCGUGUACUCAAGUAAACCCGGGGCCCUCUGUAUCCAAGAACAUAGGGAUAAGGAAUUGGGGACAAGAACCAGGAGAACACUGGGAAUUGGAUUUCACUGAAGUGGGCUGA